AACAUAUUUUAUGGCAAGAGGAAGUCUUCAGAAAGCUAGAGAGAGAAAUGGUACUUCCCCACCACAGGAUAAUCAAAUAUAAGACAAAAUCCCAAUUCAAAGUACAUCCCUUUUCUUUGUGGCCAGAAUGUUCGCACACCUAUACCAUCUGUGACCUGGCCACGUUGGGGAGUUUAUUAGCAGUCCUGUGUAUGAAUCAGAGAGAGAGAAAGAGAGAGGGAGGGGGAGAGGGGAAAAAAUGCUGGCUUGUUCGAGGGUCACUCCAACCUGCACAAGUGGGUACCGAAGUAGGUUUUCUUGUAGAGCAGAGGACCAACAAACCCAAAAUUCCACUGGAUUAAUUGUGCAAAAUAAGAAGAAGAAAAAGGUAUUGGUCGUUGGCUCCGGCUGGGCUGGUCUUGGCGCUGCUUACCACCUCUGUAAACAGGGUUUUGAUGUAACCGUUCUUGAAGGCGGUUACGACUCUGGACUGACUAGAUUGGCCAGUAGUCCAGAUGAUUUUGGAAUCAGAGGUUUCUGGUAUCCCUAUCGAAAUAUUUUUAAUCUUGUUGACGAGCUUGGUAUUAAACCAUUCACGAACUGGAUAAAAUCUGCACAAUAUUCAGGAGAAGGAUUGGAGGUUGAAUUUCCAAUAUUCCAAGAUUUACCUCAAUGGCCAACUCCAUUUGGGACACUCUUCUUCACGGAGUUCGCUCGACUCCCUUUGGUAGAUCGAUUGACAUCACUUCCAUUAAUGGCUGCAGUGGUGGACUUUGACAACACCGACACAUCUUGGAGAAAAUAUGAUCCAAUUACUGCAAGGGAGCUUUUCAGACAAUUUCGCUGCUCAGAGAGGCUUUUUGAGAAUGUUCUUAAUCCACUGCUUCAAGUGGGAUUGUUUGCACCAGCAGAGCGAUGUAGUGCAGCUGCCACUCUGGGAAUGCUAUACUAUUUUGUUCUGGCUCACCAGAAAGAUUUUGAUUUGGUCUGGUGUCGUGGGACAGUGAGAGAAAAGAUUUUUGAGCCAUGGAUGGAUUCCAUGAGAAACCAAGGUUGUAAAUUUCUUGAGGGCAGAAGAGUGACGGAUUUCUACUUUGAUGAGGAAACCGGGUGCAUCUCUGAAGUAAUUUGUGGAAAAGAGAGUCUAAAAGCUGAUGCUGUAAUUUUGGCUGUCGGAAUCUCUACUCUGCAGGAAAUAAUCCAGAACAGUGCAGCAUUAUGUACAAGGGAGGAGUUUCUGAAGGUUUUGAACUUGGCUAGCAUUGAUCUGCUAUCUGUUAAGCUAAAGCUUGAUAAGAAGGUUGAAAUUCCAUUUGCAAGCAACGCCUGCUCUGGAUUUGAUAAUUCAAAUGGUUGGACUUUCUUUGACUUGAACACAAUAUACGAUGAGCAUAAAGAUGAUCCAGAAACAGUCAUUCAAGCUGAUUUUUUUCUCGCAAAUGAGUUGUUGCCACUGAAGGAUGAGGAUGUAGUUGCAAAAGCUAUCUCAUGCCUUUCAAAGUGCAUUAAAGACUUUGAGGAUGCGACAGUGAUUGAUAAAGAGAUUGCAAGAUUUCCGAAGUCCUUGACUCAUUUUUUUCCAGGUUCAUACAAGUCUAUGAUGCGGGGAUCUACAUCUUUUCCGAACUUGUUCAUGGCUGGAGACUGGAUAAUAACCCGACACGGCUCAUGGUCACAGGAGAAGUCUUUUGUCACGGGGCUUGAAGCUGCAAAUAGGGUGGUGGACUAUCUGGAAGAAGGAACUUUUGCUAGAAUUAUACCGGUAGAGGAGGAUGAGCCUCACAUUCAAGCUCUACGUAGCCUUAAUAGAAACCUGAAUGAGAUAAUAGCCCAACUUCCGUGGUCAAACUAUUUCAUUCAGUGAACCUUUCAGAUUGCACGUAUGUAUAUGGAGUUACUGCCAAGAUUUGUGGAACUAUUCAUAUAAUUUUGAUAAGAAAUCGCCGAUUAAGAAAAUGUUCUUACUGAUUAUUUAUUGCAUUGAAUUUCCAAGCCCUAAGUUAUUCAACCACUACCAGCACAGAAUUCGAGGCAGAAUGGAUGAUAAUGCAAAGUUCAUCCUGGUAACUAUGCUCAAAUCAAUGUUUGUUGUUGGGUUUACGGGGCUUGUUGAGUUACUGUUCCAUGGUUUCGAAGAUCUAGCCUUCCAUAUUCAACGUUCAAAGACUCUAAUAAUUUGUUUACUGAGGAGUCUAUUUAUUUCUCCGUUACCAUUGCUUGUACUAUUACUAUGAUACUAUUGCUAAGCAAAAACGUUGACCGGCUAGCGAAAUUCAUCUCAAAAGCAUUAAGCCAGCAAUAUCAAACACAUGCUGCCUUUUGCGUUUGUGGGUGGAGUCAUAUUGCAGCAGGCCUUGUUGUGGGAGGAAAUCUCUUCUUUGUUGGUUCUCUUUCUGCCGUAUCUAUCACUGCCGUAUCUGCAUUCAAGUUGGUAGCAACUCGCCAGGAUUCUUUGGUUAUGGCACGGUGGGUCUUGGCCCAAUCUACUGUUGUGACUACAAUCAUCGUUUGUCAAGGCCAUUUCCUUGAGGCUGCCGUCGCAUUCCUUCCUAUCCUCCCUGCUAUAUCCACCAUGGCAACAUCCGGAGAAAAAUUUUACGAGAAUUAUUGGUCCGCAGCAAUAGAAGACGGAAAGGGAUCAAAGUCCAACGAGCUGAAUCAGAAAACGGUGCUGACACCACAUCCAUGGCCCAAAAAGAUGGUCUUCAGGUAGGCUCAAUAGAGGUGAU